GGGUGCCACUACACAAGCGUACAGAGAUUUGUUACCAUGUCACUCGAAAAAGUGCAAAAGAGGCUUUGACGCUUGUCGUAUUGUCAGCGAGACAGUUGGGAGGCGCGGUGCUCGCCGCCGGGAUACGAGCUGUCAGGUCCCGCCACGUCCGCACAGUUCCCCUAGUGCCCGAUGUGUGCAUGCGCGUAUGUACAUCUGUAAGUACGUGGAAGCAUGUGGACAUGAAUGCAGUUUCGAAAUGAUGGAAACCAAUCGGUGUCUAAAUGCAUGCUCGUCUGUGUGUCUCUGGUCGCCACGGCCAUGCCUACGGUGACGCGACUGUGGCUGAAAUCGUCAGCAUGACGACUCAUGCAGCCUCGGCUUCGGUGCUAGAGUGUAUAUUACGAAGUAUCUAUAGGUCCCCAUCGAGUCAUUUGCGUUGCUACAGACAGAUCGGCCUACGUAUUCUCCCGCAGGAACUUAUUAGCGCAGGGACGCGAUAUGAAGAGAGAGCCUUGGAGGGGCGCGAAGAGUGUUGAGAAGCACUUGUUUUUGCGUACACCUCAGUGCCUCGGGUGUUCCCUGCUGAGGGGAUUCCUGUGAGGAAGUUUCAUCGAUCGGAGUCGUCUAUUCUUCGCCGUUGUUGAGCACGCGAAUUUUUGCUGUCACGUGACGGAACGCGCGUUGAAGACUCGGGGAAACGAAUUCCUCGUUCAGCGUCUACAAGCCGUCAUUCGUGCGUUGUCGUUUCUGGAGGGAGAGGGACCGUUUGCAGAUGGUACUUUGACACACGACAGUACCGAUAUGGAACAAAUCCUGCUCUCUACUUAUCCCUCUACACCUCCCUCAAUUCUUUGUACAGAGACCACCAAUGUUCUGUGUCGCCAGAGCUUCCCCUCACCGAGCGAAAUAGACUGUCUCUCAAAACCUCUGAGCUUACAUGCAGAUUUGAAACGCAGGGACACACAGAAACACGCGUGUAUGUAGAGCUAUGCAAAUACAGUUUUACGUAUAUCGAUUCAUACCUCCUACGCAAGUCCAUUUCUAUCUCUCUGUGCGUCUCUGUAUAGCUGUGCAAGGACGUCCACGUACAAAUAUCAAUGCAUGUCCCUACAACGACGUUUAUACUUUUAUGCAAAUAUUUAUGUACUUGUGAACAGGCACAUGGGCAUAUCCGUGACCGUGGGGGUGCGGACAUGUGCACAGGGGACCCGCCGAUCUUGAUGCGGCGACAAAGUUCCAGAGAGGGGGGUUUCUCGUCAUGGAGAAACGAACUAGAAUCCAAAGGAAAGCAAGGCUUCGCGUCUCUCUUUGUCUGGACUUUCAUUUUAUAGGUCGUCGUCAGCGGCUUUUCACCUUGCAGAAACUGUGUUUUCCUCGACCUCCCUCUCUCAAGAGGCCUCCGCAAGCGAGUGCGACUCGCGAAGUCGGCCGGACUCUCUCGCAGAGCAAAUGCACACUUUUUGACUCUGGCCCUGGUGGAAAGGGUCCGCUCGCGCGUUGCCGCCGUUUGUUCCUGCCAGCAGAACUGUCGAAAACGCAUUUGCUCCUUUUUCUUUCAUCAGAACGCACGGAUUUGCAGAAACGCGAUUUCUCGAGUGUACAUCCACCUCGGGCGCCGCUUGCGGUUCGUCGCUAGCCCGCCCCUGAUGUAGGAGAAGAGCGUUUUCUCGCUUGUUUGCGGUGAACCUCUUUAUUUUUUGAAGAGUUCUUCUUCCGUUCGUCUUCUGACCUCGUCGAAACUCGAAUCCGGCGAGAGUUCGCGGCUCUCCCGCCGUUUUUGCAGCUGGCCACACUCCUUGUCUCAUGGUUGUGUGCGGCCUGGCAGCUGUGCGGGUCGUGCGCCUUCACACUUCCCAGACGGCACUCUGUCGGCUCCAGCGAUUUCUCCGAGACUUCUGCAAGUCUGGAUGCACACCGAUCCACUCGCGAGCAAGUGCUUGCCGGCUUCUCCGCAAGAAACGCUCCGGAAAAGCGCCCUUCACCAGGCUAGCGGGACUCUGCGGCUCGCCUCUCGCGCCGAGGAAACGGUGUGCGUUCACGACUUCGAAAGUCCGCGUCACUUGCCGUCUCCAAAAAGCGGAAGAAAAAAACGGGUCAACUGUGCGUCUGUCCGUCUGCCAUUCCACCCUUUCUGUCGGCACCACACAGUUUUCUCAGCUGUCGCGACACACGCGGCUUCCUGUGCUUCGAACUCAAAGGCUGCAGCCACAGGGCACUCUUUCCCGGACUUCAUUUAACCUCAAUUUUCAACCGAGUGCUUUCUCCUCGAUCGACGCGCAACUGCCCCGCGACUUGUGGACGCCUCUCAGUGACACAAAGUGCGGUCAAACUUCUGCUUUCCUGGAGAGGCGACGGCGACCGGGGCCUCCCAGCUGACGGCGACUCCGACUCGAAGCGAGAGUGGUGGAGACGGCAGCGACUGUCUGUUCCGCACAGAAACGCGAAGAAGUUGAGGAGACGCGGCGUGCUUCCGAUUAUUUUAGAGCUGCACCCGUUUCCAGGCUCUUCUUUUGUCUCUCUCUCUCUCCCCAGGAAGAGAAGCGACGCGUUUGCCUCCCUCUUUCUCUACACAGCGAGAAGGGCGCUUUGCUCUCGCGACACUUGCCUUGCGUAUACCUUCCCUCUGUUCUUUUGAUCGACGACUGGAGAAAAAAGACGCUUUCUUCAGCUGCGCAUCGAACCUUGGAAACUCCGGAGACGCCACAGGACUGCAUAGAUAGAUGCAUCUAGAUUCACCUGUAGACAUGCUUUCAAAAGAGGUCCACAUUUGAAGCGAUCCCUCCGUUUGAACACCGAAAGAUCCACGUUUCCAUGUCUGCAUGCACCCUCGCGCCUUCUGUUUUUUUCUCUCGGGAGAGCUGCGGAGUCCCAAGCUACUGAAAAGGACUCUUUCACACGAGACAGUGCACGAAACGGCUACCGUGAAACGAACUGGAGUUGACCUCGCUUCCUCGCUGUGCUUUCUCUUCAGUCACUCAAACUGUGUCGCUGGAAGAGUUAUCGUUUCAUUUCCCUACUCUCUUCAUCGACCUUCCUGUUCAGUAAUUUUUUUUCUGCUCCUCCGACUUGAUACCUCGGUUUCUUCCUUCGCUUGCCUCCAGUCGCGUCCAGACGCCACCCCCGGUUCUCGUUGACAAUCGUGCUGUCUUUCCUCGCCUCUUCUCUCCUCUCUCUCCCGGGCCUCUCCUCUGUCUCCUGUCUCCCCUCUCUCUGCGGAUUGUCGCUUGCCAGGAGCGUCUGGAGCCAGAUUCUGUCUCGCUGCUCCGUCUGCGUCUCCCCCCUUCCGGAGACCGCGCAGCUGUUGCUGUGUCGCUUCGACUUUCAUCUCUUUUCUACUUCUCGAACGCUUGAAACAUGUCAGUCAAGGCGUUGAAUCCGAGGCGUCUGCCUCCGCCUGGGCAGGCUGCGACGGAGUUCUUCGGGGAGACUGUCGAGAAGUUCAUCUCUUAUUUCGACUCCGCAGGAGAACUCGAAGCCCCCAACAAGAACGCUGGAAAUUUCCGUGUCUCCAAAGGCGUGACGGUCGAUUUGGUGGUGUUGAACGGCUCGCAGCGUCGCCCGGUCGUUGCAUGCGUUGUGGAGACGCCGUUGGGAGAGGAGGACAAGCUGCCGAAGCGCACUGCAGACUUUGGUCAUCUCGUCUUCACAUUCAAGGCCGCUCUCGCCGGUCCUUACCGCAUUCAGCUGGAGUACGGCCCCGUGGUCGCUUCUCAGUCGGGAGCAGCGGCGAACAACGAGGACAGAGUAAUUGGAGAAAAGGACGCCGAAGCUUCUGCCUCGAGGUCGCCUGCCUCGGUCAUCAUCGUCGAGCCUUCGCUUAGCAUCAACGGCGUCGCUCUCAAACAAGAAAGCAUUUCCCUGCAGACUGUCCUCUCCAGGUGUCUGGGACCGUUCAGCGGAUGGAAGCGCAUGUUUACGCAGACUGCAGAGUUGGGCUACAACGUCAUUCACUUCACACCUCUGCAGGCUCUCGGCGAGUCCGGUUCUUGCUACAGCAUUGCGGACCAGUUGCACAUCAGCGACUUCUUUCUCGAGGACAAGUCGCUGACGGGAGAGAGGGGACUGGAAGGAGACAGUUCUGGCGCGGGUCAAGCGGCGCCAGGCGCUGUGAUGGCGCUGAGGAGAGCUGCGAGCAGCGACAUUGUUGGCUUGGAAGAGCUGCAGGCAAUUAUUCGCAUGAUGGAGACCGACCUCGGACUCCUUAGCACCAUCGACCUCGUCCUCAAUCACACAGCCAGCAACAGUCCGUGGCUCCAGGACCAUCCCGACAGUGGAUACAGCCCAGCGAACUCGCCGUGGCUCCGCGGGGCGUACGAACUCGACUGGAAGCUCCAGGAGUUCAGCCGGAGGAUCGUGCGAGGCGAGUUCGCUGAGAAGUACGGAGCGACGAAGGAGAUCAACGACGAAGGCCAGCUGCAAAAUGUGAUGCGCGCCUUCGACGAAGAGCUCCUGAAACCGUUCCGCAUGUCUGAGUGGUUUCUCCUCCACGUCGACGACACAGUGAAGACGUGGAAGGACGCCUGCGCAGAAAACGCCGAAGAAAACCCGCUGAAGCUCGCCGACGGCGAACUCCAAGACCGCCUGUUCAACGAGGCGCUGAAGCAAGUCGGUGUGAAGCGCGGCGCGACCAUUGUGAUCUCAGGAUCCGUGACUCGCCGGCUGUUCGCGCCGUCUGAAGAGGGCCGUCUGAGACAGGUGCUGAACAACGUAAACGGUCGACUUGCAGAGAAAGCAGAAGAGUCUGCGCGAUUUGUGAGACAAGCGAUCGAGGGCAACGCGCGCUGGGAGCGCCUUCAGUGCAAGCGCGGCGCGCUUGGCGAGAAGCACUGGGAAGCGCUCGCGCCGCGAUACUUCACACCGUUGAACGAAGACGAACACGAAGUGACCGACCGCACAGUGCUCGCAAACAACGGCUGGGUGAUGGGCUGGAAAGCCACUGAGGACUUUGCUGCUGCCGGCGCACUGGUCUAUCUGCGGAGAGAGCUGGUCGUCUGGUCUGACUGCGUAAAACUCAGGUACGGUGAUAAACCUGAAGAUUCGCCUUUUCUCUGGCGUCACAUGACCGAGUAUUGCCGGAUCGCGGCGAAAGUCUUUCACGGCGUUCGCCUUGACAACUGUCACUCCACGCCCAUCCACGUUGCUCAGCACAUGCUUCGCGAGUGUCGUCGCAUUCGUCCAGAUUUCUGGAUUUUCGCGGAGCUUUUUACUGGGAGUCAAGCAGUGGAUCUGCACUUUGAGCGUUGCCUAGGAAUCAAUGCACUGGUGCGCGAGGCAAUGCAGACGCACGACGCAGGCGACCUGGUGAACCAUUUGAAAAGAUUCGGCAUGCAGAGCGGCCUCGGCCAGCUGUCGCCUGUCGCCGCGAUCGAUCGGCGAGAAGCGCCGAUGCGCGCAGCACCGAACGCGUCCGGCAACCUCUCCAGCCAAGCCUCGAAACGCCCUGCAGACGCUGCGUGUGUACGCGGCGAAUCGAAGCGCGAAGACGCCGCCUUCGACGCCGACUCCACCGUCGAGUUGAAUCAAGUCGACGAGCGAGGGAAGGCGAAGUCCUCUCCUUCUUCGUCGGGAACUGACUGUCGCGGAACUGACUGUCGGGGGACCGAGUGUCGAGGAGUUCCUCUCCGUCCUGUGCUCUGUCCGGCGCUCUUCUACGACUGCACACACGACAACGAAACGCCCGCGCAGAAGUUCACACCGGGAGCGUCGCUGCCGCUCUCGGUUCUCCUCGCAGGUGCAGGCUGCGCUGUGGGGUCGACGCGAGGCUACGACGAGUCAGUUCCGAGCACCCUUUCUGUCGUCUCGGAAGACCGCCUGUACGAAGACUACCACCGCGAGGUGCCUCUCGUGAAUCCACUGAAUCUGGUCGCGGAGAAGCGUCGGGCUGCACACACUGGCUCCGACACAGAGCGCCCCGAGAACCGGGAGGCUGCUGCUGCGCAUGCACGCGAGAAACGCGUCCCCAACGAGAUCAAGAUCUCCUGGCCUCACGGCGGAAAGCGUGUGAUUGUGCGAGGAAGCUGGGAUGGGUGGCAGGCCGACGUCGCGGGGACGCGAGACGACGCCAGCGGACGCGUUGAAAUUACUCUGAAAAAGGGAGUUCACUACGCGAUCGGCCAGCCUCCCGAGGAAGACCGGCCGGAGAAACUCCACUUCAAAUUCGUCGUCGAUGGACACUGGACUGUGAACAACGAGUUGCCUUGUGAAAACGACGGGGGAAAUGUGAACAACGUUCUCUGUACAGACAGCCGGGCUCCCGGCGGAUGGACACCCGGCGAUGGCUUGCCGGGCAUUUUGACGAUUCGCCCAAUCUUGAAUGCGAUGCAUGUGAAGGCCGGACAGGAAGAGUUCAACCAGCUGUCUGCGGAGUGCAAGACAGACGACCUCGUCGUCGUCGUUCGACAUCACCCUGUGACGCAUGAGUGCAUUUACUUCAUUGCGCGAUGUGCGUACGGCUGGCAGCGCGGCGACCCGCCUCUCCCUGAGAUCGUCUUGAGCGGGAGGAUCAAGGAGGUCCCUCUGGCGGCAACUUUGUUUAUCCCUGGAGAUGCGCGAGAAAAGUUCAAACCGGCUCCCAGUCGCAUCAACGGGCUGCCGUUCUCCGCGCAAGUUUUUCCGGACUUGGCCCACUUCGCGCCCAACGCGAAGUUCGACGCGUCGACGAAUUCGACGACCCUUCGUCUGCAGAACUUCCCUCGCGGCUCGGCGUUGAUCAUCUGCACAGCUCCGGCUUCUGCGUUUCUGGAUGCCUCCGCGGUCGCGCAUGCGCGCGUCAAACACCCUGGCUUCUCGCGCGCAGCCGCCGCGCAUUCGGCGCUGCGCGCCCAUGCCUCUCGGCUUUCUCCGCUGCUGCGCGAGGUGUCUCUUACCGCAAUGUCUGAGCUUCUCUACUCAUGCAAUCAAGAGGAACGAGACCGGGGACAUGGACCGUACACCGUGGGGGGUUACGGCGAGCUCGUGUACGCCGGGCUCUGCGGCCCCGCUGCGCUUCUCGACCAAAUUCGAAUUCUCGACUUCGACAAACAGACCCAGCAUCCGCUCCUCGAGAACCUCCGCCAAGGCUAUUGGCUGCUGAGGUACUCCGUCGACCGGCUGACGCACCCAUCGCUCGCGCCCGUCAAGCAGUGGCUCAAGGAGGCAGUGGACAUCGUUGAGUGCGAGUUCCCCGUCUACGCAUGGCUGAGACCUUUCUACGCCGACGCCAUUCUUGCCCAUGCGUACGCAACCUGCUGCAGCUUCGUCCUCGACAAGAUGCCGCUUACGCGAAAGUCGCAGCUGCCCGCAGGCGUUCCAGAAGUCGCGCCUCUCUGUAUGAAGAAGGCGAAGGGUGACAUGCGUCGUGGGGAGGCGCGCGGCGCGCAUGCAGUGAACGGAAAGAACGCCUGCGCUCGAGACCAAGUCGCAGUCCAGCGAGUCGAACCCAGCGCGGAGACCUUCGGCGAACGUUGCGGAGUCGUCGCAGACAAGUUGCUGGCGGAACUGCAAGUCGCAACGCUCCAGUUCUACUCCUUUGUCCCCUCUGCUCCUCUGAUCUCUGGCACGACGCGGCCCAGCCUCAGCGCGGGGCUCCCCUUCUUCUCCUCUGGGUUCAUGCGCGCCUGGGGCAGAGACACCUUCAUUGCUCUUCGCGGCAUUCUCUUGACCACAGGGCGAUAUGAAGCAGCGAAAGCAGAAAUUCUCGGCUUCGCGCGGGUGAUGAGACAUGGCCUCAUCCCGAAUCUCCUCGACUCGGGCAACAACCCUCGGUAUAACGCCCGUGAUGCUACAUGGUUCUUCUGUCAGGCGAUUCAAGACUAUUCCCUCUGCGCCCCAGAUGGCUUGCAGAUCUUGAAGGAGCCAGUGGAAAUGAAGUACGAAGGCAACGCGACGCAAGCCCCCGAUUUGCCGAUCAAAAAUCUCGCCGAUGUCCUCCACCACAUCCUCCUCUCGCAUGCAAAGGGAAUCGAGUUCCGCGAAUGGAAUGCAGGCCGCCAAAUCGACGAACAGAUGCGCGACGAAGGAUUCAACGUCCGCGUAUUCAUGGAUCCCUGCAGCGGCCUUAUAUUCGGAGGCAACCAAUUCAACUGCGGCACUUGGAUGGAUAAAAUGGGGUCCAGUGAAAAGGCUGGAAAUCGUGGGUUGCCAGCGACCCCUCGCGACGGCGCAGCCAUCGAAAUUGUUGGACUGCUAAAGUCCACCCUGCGGUUCGUCACUCGCCUGCCGGAGUCAGUCUUUCCCUACAAGACUGUCACCACCUCGUCAGGGCAGGAGAUGACGUACGUCCGGUGGAACUCGCUGCUGGAGGCGCGCGUCGAAACCUGUUUCUACGUCCCCAAAGACCCUCAGCAAGACGCAGAGUACUUUCUGGAUGGGAAGCUCAUCAAUCGUCGAGGAAUUUACAAAGACACGUACAAGGCCUCGGAGGCCUGGAGGGACUAUCAACUCCGGCCGAAUGCAUGCGUCGCUCUCGCAGUGGCGCCUGAGCUCUUUGACCGCACGCAUGCACGCGAAUAUCUGGACGCUGUCGAGAAGGCGCUGUGGGGACCAAAGCAACUGGGACUGAAGACCCUCGACCCGUCAGACUGGAAUUACAGACCGGACUACGACAAUGCCAACGACUCGACAGACUUCCAUGUGGCGCAUGGAUACAAUUACCAUCAGGGUCCGGAGUGGGUCUGGCCGUUAGGAUACUUUCUUCGAGCGAAGCUGAUUUUCGCCGAGGAGUUCGAUGAGGAGCCAGGCGCCGGCGGGAAGUCCGCAGGGCCGACCAAGCGCGCAAGUCUCAAGGUGCAAGAAGACUGCAUGCGUUUCCUGCAGAACCACCGACACCAUCUGCAGACAGACGUCUGGAAGUCGCUUCCAGAGUUGACGAACUCCAACGGGUCCUUCUGCAAGGACAGUUGCCAGGCACAGGCUUGGUCCGUCGCCACGCUUCUCGCCUUUCUCGGCGACCUGGUCUCCGACCCUGUCGAUCUCCGCAAAGUCGGCCUGAAGGCCUCCCCGAACGCUGUGGAAGACGACGCGUGAAAAGCACCUAAAUCUCACCCGGCGCACCCCAAU